CGGGACAUCUGCCUGGUGAUGUCUCAUAGCUUGCUUGUGACCCAGCUCCACCGGCACCUCACACACACCUCACCAACAAGAUGUCAACACCAGCCUCCACAACCCCAAAACUCCAUGCCUCGAAGCACGUCGCCUACAUUCAAUCCCUCGACAUCCACAAAGACAGUCUAGACUACUGGCUAACCGAACACCUCCGCCUCUCAGGCGUCUACUGGGGCCUCACCGCCCUCCACCUCCUGCACCACCCGACCGCCCUCCCCCGCGCCGAAACCAUAUCCUUCGUGCAGUCCUGCUUGCACCCCUCCGGCGGCUUCGGCGCCUCGCCAGGGCACGACGCCCACCUUCUAUACACGGUCAGCGCGAUCCAGAUCCUCGCAACAGUGGACGCACUGGACACGAUCCCCAUAGCCACGACCGCCUCAUGGAUCGCUAGCCUACAGCAGCCCAGCGGUGUAUUCUUUGGCGACCAAUGGGGUGAGACCGACACACGGUUCCUCUACGGGGCGCUGAACGCACUCUCGCUGCUGGGGCGCUUGGACGCCAUCAAUGUGGACGCGGCAGUCGACUACGUGCUGCGCUGCCGCAACCACGACGGCGGCUUCGGCAUGAGCCCCGGCGCGGAGAGCCACGCCGGGCUGAUCUUUACGUGUGUGGGCGCGCUAGCGAUCGCGGGUCGCCUGGACGAUCUCGAUGCGGACCUGCUCGGCGACUGGCUGUGUGAGCGCCAGCUGCCGAAUGGAGGGCUGAAUGGACGCCCCGAGAAGCUGGAGGAUGUGUGCUACGGCUGGUGGGUGCUGAGCUCGCUGGCGGUCAUUGGGCGCUUGCAUUGGAUCGAUAGGGAUAGGCUCGUGGCGUUUAUUCUGAAGUGUCAGGAUGAGGAGGGUGGCGGGUUUGCGGAUCGCCCGGGGAAUAUGGUGGAUGUCUUUCAUACGCACUUUGGCAUCGCCGGGUUGAGUUUGCUGGGCUACGAGGGAUUGGACGAGAUUGAUCCUGUGUAUUGUAUGCCCAGGACAGUUACGAAAAGAGUGCUGGGGAAGUAGGUGGAGGGAAUAGACUACGGGACGACAACAGAACCAACCCAUCUUAUGGGGAGUACACGGCCCAGAAAAAUAUACCGAGUGAGCGAGUGAGG